CAUCGUCACAGGAAGUUGGAAAUGGGACAGAUAUUAACCGCGAUUCCGGGAUGGUUUGGUUAUGGGCCAAAGAGAAUCACAUAUAACCCUCUGGAGUGCCAAGUAUGUCAGAGGCCCUUUGGGCAAAGCGACAAAGCACCCGUGGCACUCUCCUGCGGACAUAGCUCAUGCCGGGAGUGCCUUCGAUCCUUGGCCCGUAAAGGGGGCUCCCUCCAGUGUCCCGUCUGCAGCGCCACCCACAGCGGGCAGCCCCUAGGAGAGCUCAGGGACAACUUCGAUCUCCUGAACGCCGGCACCAAGAGUGAGGCUGCCGUUAGGCCCACGCUGCGGAAAAGAAAGAACGUCUCGAGGGCCCCCGAGUGCAGGGUGUGCCGCCAGAACUACUCGAAGGGUGCCCUGGCUCCCGUGGCCCUCUCCUGCGGCCACAGUGCAUGCAGGACCUGUCUUCGCACCAUCCUUGAGAUGAAAUCGACCCUCAAGUGCCCCACAUGUGCGGUUGUCCACUCGGGGCCCUCGCUCGACGAACUCCGCGACAACGCUGGUCUUUUGGAAGCUGUGGCGCGGUUGGGGGCACUGCAGGAAGAAGAGGUGUCCAGGCAGGAGGAACCAGCUGCAGAGACGAAUUCGAUCAGGAUCCUCGUGAAGGAUCUGACAGACAAGCAGUUUCCAAUCACCAUAGAUCCUUCCAGGAAAUUCCAGGACGCUAAAGAGAUGUUAAGCUCACAGUACGGACUCACUCGGGAAAACAUCCGACUACUUUACAAAGGGAAAAGGUUGGAGGACAGCAAGACGCCAAAUGACUAUAACAUAACUCACGGAUCCGUUGUCCAGAUGGCGAUGGCGUACUUGGGAGGAGCUAAUAGAUCCAUUCAGGUUGAAUUUAAAAGCCAGUGGUUCUUACCUUUUUUUUUUUUUUUUUUUUUGAGCCACGUACCCCUUUAAGAAUCUGAGGGACGAUAGGGAAGCCCUUCCUCAGAAAUAUUCACAUAAACUUUAUUUAUUGAGAUUUGAUUAUUUCAUACAGAAAUGAGAUACACCAAUAAUUAUCAAACUUAAAAGUAAAUAAUCUAAAAAAAAAAAAAAAAAAAAAAAAAACACUCAUAUGAAUGUUAAUUUUUUAUCUCAUUCCCACGGACCGUUUGGAACCACCCGUGGACCGCAGGUUAAGAACCCUUGUUUUAAUCCGUUGGAGGAGGAAUAUGUUGAUUCAAGUAUAAAUAAAUAGAUAGAAUGAAAUGUAGAGGCAAAAAUAAAUAAAGGAAUUUAUUCAAGUGAAACAGAAAUGAUCUGAAACGAAAGUUAUUCGGGAUUUUUUUUUUUUUUUUUUAAACAUUACAAAUGCAUUUAGGUGGAAAGUCCAAAACCAAAAAACAGUAAUGUAUUAGAGUGGAAAAAAAAAUCUGUCGAAACUAGAAAUUUAUUCGGAAAUAUUCUGGUGAAAAAAGGCGUAAGGGAAACUCAUUCAUAUAAAAAAAGAAAAAAAAAUGCUUCUUUUAUGAAUGAAUUUCAGGGCGCUGUCGUUGUAAGAUUUUCACUAACAACAAUUUCCGUGCGUUCACAGUGUUUUGGGCCUUGCACAGGCCCAAAACGGUCAGAGUGAACGGUUUUCCACGCGGAACGCCUCUCAGCUGAUUACUGAAAACACACAUACCAACAUGGCCGACCUGCUAGGCGUGUUGCGGGACUUGCUGUCCUUUUAGAUGAAUUAGACGAUCCCAUUUUAGACGCAGCUUUAAUAGUUGCCUUAGAAAAUGAUCUAGGGUGAGCAGAGGAAGCUGCACAGAGACGACAAAGGGUCCGGAAUCCAGUCAGAGUUGGUGCUUACGCAGAGAACAUUGUGCCCCUAUACAGCGAGGAGGAAUUCAAGUCUCCCUUCAGGAUAGUCAUUACAGCUUCCUGUGUACUACAUAAUUUUAUUUUACUUAAGGAAAAACUUGAUAUUCAAGCAGAGCUACAAGUCAUCGUUUUGGAACCUGAGCCAGAGGUUCCAUGUGAAGGUAUUCCUGAAGUGGAAAGAGAGGAAGCCUUUACAAAACGAGAUGAAUUGGCAAAUCUUGCAUAAUGUAACUUGUAUCUAAAUUUUUGUUUCUUGCGUCAAAUUGUUUGUAUUUUUGCAAGUAAUGCUGCCUUAUAUUUGUCUUUAUUUUGCACAUUUCAAUUUCUUUUGAAUAUGAUACUUAUUUUCAUAGCUCAUAAACUAUUUGAAAAUAUAUACUGUACCUUUAUAAGUACAUGUGAUACUUAUGUAUAUCUUUCCUUUUCAUGCUGCUUGAUUUUUCUUUUUAUUUUGUAUAUAUAACAUAUCUUUCAUCAUUGUAUUGCAUUGCUGCGUGUAUAUUUACAUGUAUAUUUGUUUUGAAAGUUUUAAAAACUCAAGGAUUGUAAAUUGUAAGACAUAUUUACCAUAAUCCAUGUCUAAUAAAAUAUUUUUUUGUUUCA